GGUUUCAUGAAUGGAAAUUUACUGUACAUUUAGAAACUUAGAUUGCCGAUGUUGUCAUUGAUGCUCAUUGGUGCAAUUAUGUAUUGGCUAAUAAACUGUCACUAUAUAAGAACUAGUUCAAUACAGAAACGGUGGUGCAUGGAUCAAAUACAGCAUCUAUAGUAUAACAGCUAAAGAGCCAGGAAACAUGAAGACUACUGCAGUUUUUGCUCUGUGUUUCAUAUGUUUCAGUUACAGUCUAGCCAUCAGCUCUGUGGAUGAUGUGUAUGAAUAUCUGUGGGAGAAGAAUAAAGACAUUGCCAAUAAAACACUCGGUGUGGACUUCCUGAGACAAAUGGAGAGUGGUACCCUGCAGGCAGAGCGAUACAUCAACUUCACCAUACAGGACAUCAACUAUAUACUCAAAGUGACCAAGAUGUUGAAGAAAAUGAGCGCAAAAGUAUCUAAGCCCGCUAAACUCAGGGACUUCAUGGUUGGAAGAUACUCAAGUUACAAAAGCUUUGCAGACUACAUGGUCAAACAGUACUUUUUCAAGGGCGAACCCUCCAUCCAGCAAACUCCAGCUAUGGAGAAGUAUCUGUCAUUUUACAAAAAAUUAAUGGCAGGAGAUCCAUUGUAUUUUGCUGUGGGUCUUCUGCCCUGCUCUAGACUCUGGCUGUGGUUGGCAAAUAAUCUCAACAUACCUCCAACCAAUGCCUACUACACCUGGAAAAUGGAGAAUGGGAGUGGUAACCCUGAGAAGCAUUACAAAGCUCUGCUGAACACUUAUCUCAACACACCUGACAAAGUGAUAAAGGCUAAUACUGUAUUUCGUGCACAGAUGCAAAAUGAGCAUGAUUUCUUUUUUACAUCUUGAAUGCUUGAUUGUUGGUAGUUUAUGUGUAGUGCAGUAAAAUACACUGUAAAAAAUUAUGUCGAAAUUACAUUGUUACUGGCAGCAAUUUAUGUUAUUUACUAAUAACAGUUUGUUUAAAGUUAAAUGAACAUGAAACAUUUUUAGUCUUUAUCUUCUACAGUAAGUUACUGCCAACCAGCUGCAUACAGUGUACAGUACUGUAAUGUUUCUAUGUAAUAAAAACCACGCUUAAUAAAAAGUGCAAUUAUUUUCCACAUUUUAUACAUAAUUAUUUAUAAA